GAACAGCACCGUAGUAGUAGUCCAGCCCAGAAGCUCUGUCCAAUUUGCAACCACCUCUCUCACGCUCUGUCCGCUCGACUUGGAAACCGGAGCUCUGGAACGCGACGAAGGAGGACGAACGUCGACGACUCGCCCGACUGAUCGACGACCGCCGCCACCCAGCGCCAGCCCGUCACUGGCCCACCGCGCCCCGCCUCCACGGGUCCAGUCAGUCCACCCGUCCUAAGUAUUGCUCUUCCCCAGUUCUCACCCAUAAUUUUCUUCGUUCGUGCUGCUCAAUGUCGGUGAUGAUAGUGACGAGCUUGGGAGAUUUAGUAGUGGACUUGUUCACAGAUCGCUGUCCUCUGACGUGCAAAAACUUUCUGAAGUUGUGCAAGAUCAAGUAUUAUAAUGGUUGUCUGUUUCACACGGUUCAAAAGGAUUUCACCGCACAGACGGGUGAUCCUACUGGAACAGGAUCUGGUGGAGAUUCAGUGUACAAAUUUUUGUAUGGUGAACAGGCGAGAUUCUUUGGUGAUGAGAUUCAUUUGGAUUUGAAGCAUUCCAAGAAGGGAACAAUUGCCAUGGCUAGUGCUGGGGAGAAUCUUAAUGCUUCUCAGUUCUAUGUCACACUUCGCGAUGACCUGGACUAUCUUGAUGGGAAGCAUACUGUUUUUGGAGAGUUGGCAGAAGGAAUUGAUACACUAGACAGGAUAAAUGAAUCUUUUGUAGAUGAGAAGGGCCGUCCAUUUAAAAACAUCCGAGUCAAACACACUUACGUACUGGAUGACCCUUUUGAUGAUCCACCCCAACUAGAUGAGUUGAUUCCAGUUGCUUCUCCAGAAGGGAAACCGAAAGACGAGGUUGAUGAUGAUGUGCGUCUGGAGGAUGACUGGGUGCCUAUGGACGAGCAAAUAGGAACUCAAGAACUUGAGGAGAUUCUGCGUGCAAAGGAAGCUCAUUCCCAUGCAGUUGUGCUUGAAAGUAUAGGGGAUAUUCCUGAUGCUGAGAUAAAGCCUCCUGAUAACGUGCUCUUUGUUUGUAAAUUAAACCCAGUAACUGAAGACGAAGACCUGUAUACUCUCUUCUCACGCUUUGGAACUGUGACAUCUGCUGAAAUAAUACGGGACUACAAGAGCGGAGAUAGUUUGGGUUAUGCUUUCAUUGAGUUUGAGGACAAAGAAGCUUGUGAGAUGGCAUAUUUUAAGAUGGAUAAUGCUCUAAUUGACGACCGAAGGAUUCAUGUCGAUUUCAGUCAAAGUGUUUCAAAAUUGUGGUCAAGCUAUAGACGCAAGGAUCAAAUGAGUAAAGGAAGUAUUUGCUUUAAGUGUGGUUCUGUUGAUCACAUAGCUAAGGACUGCUCAGCAAAACAGAAUAAUCCAAAAUACACACUUAAAGAAGCUAAUAGGCAGCAUGGUGGAGAUGAUAAUUCAAGGUUCGAAAUGGUAUUUGAUGAAGAUGCUGCUGCUGGUAGUCCAAGGGGAAAUAAAAGGCAAAGAGAUCGUGGAGCUGAAGAAGGUUAUCCAAAACAGAAUGUUAAACGUAGGGGUUCUGAUGAUGACUUGGACCGAGAUGAAGGAAAGAGAAACCCACAUGAUCGCCAUGGACAUCAUCAUGUUCAUACAAGUAAGGAAACUAGAGAAGAUAUGAAUAGAGGAAGUAGGGCAAACUCAUCUCGUGGUGAAAGGGAGAGAAGAGAUCGCAGGGGAAGCCCAUUAUCGUCUGAUGACAAGGAGAUAUCUUAUCCAGAGCACAGGUAUACAGGACGUAGGGAAAACCCAUCAUCACAUGGUGUAAGGGAUAGCAGAGAUCAUAGGGUAAGAAAUUAUUCUGACGAUAGGAGGAAAGAUAGUAGUAGCCACAAGGAUAGAAGAGGGGAGGCUGAGAAUGAUAGGAGGAGAGAUGGAGCUGUACAACAUAGAGACAGGACAGAUGAGAGAGAGUAUGAGAAGAGAGACAGGAGAAGAGAGGACGAGCACAACAGAAGACGUGGAGAGGAUCGUGAUGAUAGGCGGGGUAAACAAGUGUCUGAAAAUAAGGGUAGACAAGAUGAUGAUGAUGAUGAUGAUGAUGAUGAUGAUGAAGGGAGGCGUGCAAAUGGAGCUAGCCAUAGGGACAAGAGGGAUAAGAAAGAGUUUGAAGAGAGACACAGUGAUUAUUUGGCAGGACGGAAAGGAAGAGCAGAUGAACAUAUUCAUGAUAGAAAGAGUAGUAGAAGACCAUGAGUUGACCAAUGUGUCAUGCUAGUUUUCACAAUGACAACAUCGCAUGAAGUCUCAAAAAAGCUCAGUGGAAAAAUAGUGGAAAAAUACUACCACCCUGUUUCUUUCCCAGAGAAAACUCUGCAAGCUAUAUAUUGUAAAACCAAUUUUAUUAACACAAAAUUUCUGGGUAGGCAUAUAGCGGCUGAAUGCUGUUUGUGGAUUCAGGGUGGUGCAACAACCUUUUUGCUGAAAUGGGUUGAUUUUGGAUACUUAUUCUGAAAAUCAGAUCACAAUACGUGGGAACUUUUUCAUUUGAAAAUGUCGCCUUUAUCCUCUUGAAACAUAAAAAGUAGAUUAAUAGAAAAUGAGACUGGUACGUU